AUGGCCUGGUUGGUCAUCCUGCUCCUCCUCUGUCUUCGACUGACAAGAGCCGAGUUAUCAGAUAUAUCCGACCGAAGGGAACCAGACCUAGAAGAAGGCUUGCUGCAUCUUCUCCUGAGACUGCGGCAAGAAGAGUUCUUUGACAUUCUGCUCAUCUACGGAAAGGACUGUAUUUUUCAUCAACUAACUCAACAAUUGGAAAUCUCCACAGUUUUGGUAUCAUCUGGAAGCACCACAUUUGAUUGGGACUUUGGCAGCUUAACAUUGAUACUGAGUUGCAGUCUCGAGGACGAUAAGGAAGUGACCUAUCGCACUCUCAUGAAGCUACAAAGGAACAGGCGUCUGAUCUAUAUACAAGAGGAUAUUCAACCCGAGUCUGUGUGUGAACACUAUGCCAAGAAGGAGCAAUAUAAUAUAGCCAUGGUGAGAAAGGAUCUUAAUCAAUCAAAAUACAUUUAUGCCUGUCGCUGCUUUCAAGACCCCAUCAUCCAGGAAGUAAGUCUACGGGAAAGUAAUCCAGUUUAUAUAGAAAACUUUCAUGAUAUGCAUGGACAACCCAUGCGAAUAAUGGCGGAUCUUGUGGCUCCCAGAUCCAUGGAGUAUCUUAAUCCAAAGGAUGGUAAGACCAAGAUGAUCGGUUAUGUGGCCAAUUUGAUCAGAUACUUUGCCCUCAAGUUAAAUGCCACCUUGGAGGUUCAAAGGCUGGGUGAAAAUGUUAGCUUCAGGGACAUCAUAAGGAGGAUAAAAGAAGAUCACAUUGACAUUGCCAUGACUAUGGAGGCCUCGUUGCAUGCCACAAAUUUUGAUACGGCUAGCUAUCCCUAUAUUCUCACAUCCUACUGUCUGAUGCUUCCAGUUCCAGCUAAGAUACCCUAUAAUUUGGUUUAUGCGGUUAUAGUUGAUCACCUGGUUCUUGGUAUAAUCGUCUUUUUAUUCAUCAUACUCUCGUUGCUAUUGAUAUACAGCAAGAAUAUGUCCUGGCAAGGACUGAGUCUGGCCAAUGUCCUGGUGAAUGAUGUGAGCCUUCGUGGUUUGUUGGGACAAGCGUUUCCCUUUCCCUCCAACCCAAGCAAACAAUUGAGAUUGAUCUUCAUUAUACUUUGCUUUGCCAGCGUCAUCCUGACCACCAUGUACGAGUCCUAUUUGCAGUCCUUUUUCACGCAUCCCCCAUCUGAGGCCUACAUAAGCUCCUUUGAGAAUAUUGCAGAGUGCCAGCAAAUGAUUGCGAUCACUACAUACAAGAUAAAUGAACUCAACAAGAACAAUAAUUCACAUUUUCAAAAAAUUAACAAAGGCAGCCUUAAGAUGUUUGAACACUGGAAGGAGUAUUCACAUCUGAGGAAUUCCUUCAAUAGAAGCUAUGGAUAUUUGGUGACAGAAGAUCGAUGGACCAGCUAUGCAGAGCAGCAGAGGAACUUUAAGGAACCACUUUUCUACUUUGCGAGGGACCUGUGCUUCUCCCGCCUGGUUUUCCUCAACAUUCCCAUGCGACGACACCUUCCCUAUCGUCAUCUCUUCGAAGAGCACAUGCUGCGCCAGCACGAGGUUGGUUUGGUGAGAUUCUGGAAGAGUCGGAGUUUCUUUGAUAUGGUGAGACUGGACAUAACGCCCUUGGAGGAUCUAAGCCAGCCGAAACCAUAUCAGCCGAGUCUUCUUUUGUUGGAUGUCUCCUGGAUAAUGAAACUCUAUUUGGCGGCCAUGGUAAUCUGCAUUGUGUGCUUUGGUUUAGAGGUUCUAAGCAAGAGUAGAGGAAGGAGGCUUAGAAAGUAUAUAAAAGAUGUCUAUGGGAAUUUUGUAAAGUAA